UUAUGACAUUUUAUGACAUUUUGUUGCCAUUCCCCGAUCCAGGCUGGCUGCGUGCACUUCCCACACACGGCCCCGUGUGAGGUGCGGGUUUUGAUGCUGCUCUACUCGUCCAAAAAGAAAAUUUUCAUGGGUUUGAUCCCCAACGACCAGAGCGGCUUCGUCAACGGCAUCCGCCAGGUCAUCACCAACCACAAGCAGGUGCAGCAGCACAAGAUGGACCAGCAGCGAGGGCUGGGGGGCUCAGCCCCUGUUCCUGGGGCUCCCCCAUUCCUGCCCAAGCAGCCGGGGACCCUCCCCGUGACCUCGGGGGUGCAGCCACAGGUGAGCCCAGGCCUGGCGCAGGUCGGGAUCAUGGAGGAGCAGCAGCGGCAGCAGAGCCUGGUCUGGGAGAUUUUUGGGGGUUUUGGGACAUUUUUGGGGGUCCUAGAGGGGCUUGAGGGCUCCUGGAUGGGUUGGGGGGUGGGAUUGGAGGAAUCUUGGGGUGAUUCAGGAGGUCCUGGAUGA